AUGUCUUCCUUCAAACGGUUAGUGCAAGUUCACUGUCCGGAGAUCUGCGUCCUUAGUGAGACCCGGCUAUCUGGUGAGGGGCUUGUAUGUCUGAGACGGCGCCUGGGGAGGGACUGGGAGACAUAUGCAGUCGAUUCCCAGGGGUUGUCGGGAGGUAUCCUGCUCCUGUGGAGGCGUGGGGUGGCGACCUUUGAUGUCUUCCACAACUGCCCCCAACAGGUAGUUAUGGUUGUAUCGGCACCUGAUGCUCCUCCGUGGGUUUUGUGUGGGGUGUAUGCGAGCACGGAUUACAGGAUUAGGAGAGUCCUCUGGCAGGAGAUUACCAGUCUCACUGCCCAGGGUUUUCCGACAGUUGUAGUUGGUGACUUCAAUUGCAUCCUAAGUUCGGGUGACAAGAGGGGAGGGGCAGCCUUCAUGGAUAGAGUGGACAGGAGGGAGUUUCGCGAUUUUGUGUCACGUACGGGCCUGGUGGACUUAGGUUUCUCAGGACCUCAGUUUACUUGGUACAAUAAUCAGCUCGGCAGUGCUAGGAUUUGGGAGCGUCUGGACUGGGCCUUUGCGUCCCCAGACUGGUUUCUUCUUUUUCCUACCUGCAGGGUUAGUCACUUACCUCGGAUCGCCUCGGACCAUUGCCCCCUGCUGAUUUCCACAUCAUUGGGACCCAGGCAUUACAGCCCCUUCCGCUUUGAGAAGGUUUGGCUAUCGUACCCCCAGUCCUGGGAUAUUGUACGUGACGCAUGGCGCCUCCCGGUGCGUGGAGAUGCUAUGCACCAGGUGUCGCGCAAACUAGAGUUGGCCAAGAGGUAUCUCCGGCGAUGGAACCGCGAGGUUGUGGGCAAUAUCUUCCGGAGAGUAGAGGGGGUUGAGACCGCGAUCACCGAGUUGCAGUCGAAAGAAGAUUUGGAAGGUACGCUUUCGAUGAACGAUAUGGGUGACCUUCGAGGGUUCCUAGCGACUCACCAUUCUCUACUACGACAGCACGAGAUCUUCUGGCGACAGAAAUCUCGAGUCCAGUGGGUGCGUGAGGGUGACCACAAUACUAGUUUCUUCCACCGGACUACGAUUAUUCGGAGGCAGCGGAGCACGAUCCACUCGCUGCGAGAUAGGUCUGGAUAUCGGGUGGAAGGUGAGCCCUCCAUUCGUCAGAUCUUGUUGGAUUUCUUCCGCACCAGAUGGAUGGAGGAGGAGGAUUCCGAAGAUAGUAACCCCCUCCCUCCUCCAAGGGUGGAUGUGAGGAUCGAGGAUGAUGAGAACGCAGCCCUGGUCCGACCGGUGUCGGCACAGGAGACAGCGGUGGUAGAGGCUAUUCAGUGCUUCUUCUCCCAGGCGGUGAUGCCGGGGGAUUGGAAGGCUACCUUCAUCACGCUCAUUCCGAAGCGUCAGGAGGCGGCGGAGCCCUGUCACUUCAGACCCACUAGUUUGUGUACAACCUUGUAUAAGAGGGUGUGUGCCCGUAGGGAGAUGGAGGCCUAUGUUCCCGCCCCGGGGGCUAGUCCUCUUUCCCACUUACUUUUCGCUGACGAUUGUCUUCUUUUAACCAGGGCGCGGGUUUCUGAUGCACGGGUCCUUCGUAGGGUGGUAGCAGAUUACUGCAUGGCGUCGGGCCAGAGAGUUAACUUCCAAAAGUCAGCUGUUCACUUCAGUCCGAGUACGGAGAGCAGGGUCAGACAGGAGAUUCGUGGGAUUCUACAGAUUCCUGAACAGGAGGAGACAUUGACCUACCUGGGAGUUCCCAUCACAGGCCGCAGAUUACGGGUGGCAGAGUGCUCCAGCCUGGUGCAGCGGGUAGAGAGCAGGUUGGAGGGAUGGAGAGCAGCUUCCCUAUCUAUGAUGGGGAGACUGACCUUGAUCAGAUCAGUGUUGGGGUCCAUGCCAGUUUAUCUCAUGGCCAACACUGUGGUUCCGAAGACGACCUUACUGAGGGUCGAGCGACUGCUGUGA